GGGGGUUCGAGGACAUGCUGACCAACAUCAACAAGGGGCCGGACGACAAGGAUAAGGACUCUGAGAUCGGGCGAAACCUCGCCUGCGACGGCUGCUUCCUGUACACAACGAACUCAGAGGGGCGGGGACUGAGCAAGAUCGGGUCUGGGCUUCACGGGACACUCAGAGGCUUCCUGUAUGCCAGAAACCCCUCGCUGGACCAGGGCUGGGUGGUGUGGGGGGGCGGCCGACUGGUGCACCGACCGGCAAACUUCGACGGCAAACAGAAAAUCCUGCUGAACAUCCUCAGUCCGCACACCUUACAGUGUGUAGCGUCCGUUCCCGCGCCCGAAGAGUACGUCAGUGGCGCUGCCAUCACGACUCUCGCCCUGACCAGCGACGGAGUCUACUUCUACUGGGUCUGGAGCCCCGCGGUGCUGUCCGACAAGAACGCACGCAACCCGCCGGUUUUCAUGGACACCUUCAGACUACAGGACCAGGACGGGUCCAUCAUUGCCGUCCCGUUGGGGCCUCGCGUGACCCUGCAGAGGAAAGAAGGCGACACGUCCAAGUCGCUAAACGAGGCACUGCUGUCCCGCCUGCGGCCGUACACACGAUCAACCUCUGCCGCUUCGCUCAUCGCGCUGACGGGGGGGAACACCACGCCUACUGGCGGUGCCAGGGAGGAAACCUCCACUGCCAGCAGUUGUGGGCUGAGUCUGAAGCUGCUGCGCAGGACGCCUAUCUACACCUGCGGCUCCACCCUGGUCAUGCUCACGGCGCCCCCUGGCAGCAGCUCCAGUAGUGCAGCUAGAUCCUUAUUUGGCAGUGGCACCAGCCUGUCGUCGCUCAGAGUCCUGGCGACGAGUCUCUGCUUCAGCACGGCCAGCGGACAGUACACAAACCGGUGUGAACUGGUCGACGCUCCGACCUGUUCCCUCGCCCGGGGAGCCGGCGUACAGGGCCUCGGCGUCUGCUACGAUGCUGUUAACAACCUGAUCUGGACGUGUUCCGGCGACUGGGUGGACCAGUGGCACAACCCGGGCAACCAGGCUCCGCACCACGUGUGCAGGCGGUUGGGGAUACAGGCGGACAUACAGGAGCCGCCUCAGGAUAACCUUGUGGCGUGUCCAGAGGUCAUCAGCCAGCUGAUGCGGCACGUCGGGUUCAGCUGCUGCCACCAGCUGACCUCUGACCUGCUGAACACGGUGCUGGGGAAGAUCCUGUUACAGCAGCCCAACAUCGACACCCGACACCUCGGCUGUGUCUGCGACAUCCUGGACAGCGCUGUCAGCACGCAGGACAGCAGGCUGACCUUGUGUGUGCUGAUUGUCCUUCAGGUGAUUUUCAAAUCCUUCAUCUUCAAGAAUGAGUCUGAGGAAGAGGCAGCACUGGUGAAGAAAACCAGGUGA